AUGGCUCCGGCAGCACCAGUUCUUCCCACUCGAUUCCCCUGUUGGUGUCAGGCUGUAUACUCAUGGGGUGGAGAAACAAAGAGAGACUUGGGGUUUGUGGAAGGAGAUCUGAUCGAGUGCUUGAAUGCGGGUGAUGGCUCUUGGUGGACUGGCCGUCUACGUCGAGACAAACGCAUGGUUGGAGUGUUUCCCUCGAACUUUGUCAAGGUACUUGGGGACGACUUCGUCCCGGGAAGCCGGUCGGUCAGCCCGCUCCAUGGCGGGCCCGCAAGCUCUACGAUGGAUUUACGCCGGAUAUCAGCUUCCAAUUCUGCAGCAUCGCCCAGGAAACGAAAGACGGUUUUUCGAAAACCAUUCCAAGGCUACAAAGAAGGUGUAGGGCCUUCUGAAGCUCUGAAAACGCGGCAGAAUGAUGAGGAUACGCAUAGCAACAUCCCCAAUAAAAAUAGCAGUAGCAAUAAUACUGGGCAUAUCGUUUCGCCCUCAGGGAAUCCUUGGAGAGCGAGUACAGGCUCAGCAGGCACGCCUCCAUCGUCAAACCAGCAUCGCGGAUCUCUUUCGCGUCAAUCUCCUCGUCGUUCUCCACGUUCUCUUUCUCCUGCCCCCGUUCAGCAUCGACCAUCCAUCUCUCAUGCCAUACCUCCCUCACCUGGUCAGCAUGCUGGGCUGACUUCUCGUGAAAUAUCUCCUGCACCUAUUCAACAUCAUGGUUCUAUCUCCCACCAUCCUGCUCGCGCAGUCUCACCAUCUCCUAUGCACCAUCGUGGGUCUUUCUCUCAUCACCCUCCUCGCGUAGCUUCUCCUUUGCCGGUACGACAUCACCAUUCCUUCUCUAAUCCUCCACCGAAUACCACUUCCGCAAUGCCGAUGCAACAUCGUGGUUCUUUCUCCCAUCAUCCCCGUCCUGUUUCUCCGGCACCAGAACAGUAUCAUGGGUCUAUACCGCGUGCUGCGUCUCCCUCACCAAUACAACAUCAUCAGCCUUUCUCUAGCCCACAUCCUCGUGCUCUUUCUCCUGGACCAAUGUACCAUCCUGAUUCCACAUCUCGCGCCGCGUCUCCUUCACCAGUACAUCAUCAUCACACUUUCUCCCAGUCACAUCCUCGAGCACUUUCUCCCGGGCCACCACGAGAUACUGAAUCUCCUCCCCCGCUGCCGCCUCCUCACCGAAUUUCUGUGAAAAACAAGCAGCAAGUAAGGAAUAGUCCAUCACCUGUUCCUGCGCCUUAUGAUAUGAAUCAUGCGUACCCUACCAUCGCAAGGACUCCUUCUCCAAAUUCGCAAUCUAAUGCUAUUUAUGGACACACUCCAUCUCCUGUGAGGGAUGCUAUGGAAGACGUCAUGUCUUCAUUGCAAGAUAUGGGUCUAAAUCACAACGGCUCGCAAGAAGAACCGCGUCGGUCCCCUUCACCCUUCCAUCCAUGGUCCCCGGAAACAUUUGAUAACCCACACGAACAAGGCACAUCUGAUCCAACCCAUCGCCCUCUAACCUCCUUAGGACUGAGCGGUGGCGAUGGCCAGCGGCAGGAGAACAAAAAUCAGCAUGGUUUUACUAACCAGUACAAUGAUGGCCCUCCUCAACUCAAUAAUUAUGUCCAGAGAAUGGAAAACAGACUCCGCCAAUUGCAUGCACAGAGUAGAAAAUCUUCCUAUGAGCUCCAUAUAACCCCCAGCAGUAAAGACCUUCCGCCCAUACCUCACCCAAAGGAUCUCUCCCAUUCCAGACCGCAAUCAUCGUCAAAUCGAGAUUACCAAGAGCCACGAUUACGGACUCGAAGAUCUGCCUACGAAUUGAACAAAGACGUUCUUGGGCGGACAUUUACAACGAAAUCCGACGCAACAAAUUCUUCCAGUGGCGUCCAAAGCAAUGCAAGUGGCACUUCAGGAUUUAGCGCAACUAGCGCUGCAAGCUACGCACGGCGUACCAAUAGACAGGAUACCGCCAUAGAUAACCUUCAUCUCUCUGGACUAAUAGGUUCUGAUAAAUCUUCUAACAGCGGGAUGCGGCCUCAAACACCGUUAACCGGAAUUUCAUAUCACUCCAGCCAUAAUUCCUCUAGACAAGGAGCAACUUCUGCCAUUGGAUGGAACGAGUACAGUAAGGAUGCCCCAAGCAUGUAUGGCGGCCUGACUACACCCAAGUCAAAAAAGACAGGCUUUCUGAAAAAGAUUAUUGAAUCUGCUAAAACGGGAGCUGCGACCGCAAGAACCAAUAUUGCCACAAGCCCAGUUGGAGCAGUAUCACCGACCAAAGGUCGCAAAGCUGUGGGAAUCUCAUCAUAUGCAUCUCCUCACUCAGGAAAAAGUGCAGCAAGGGACGUGGGAUUGGGUACAUCCAUGGAUUGGGUCCAGGUGCGACGGGACGUCAACAGGUGUAUCACUCCAAGCCGUCAUGAACUAAUCGAGAGAGCAGAGAGGUGCCAGAUGCUCGACUGUCCUGUGAUAUACGCGGUGGAGGAACUCUACGAGAGUGCAGAGGGAGAUGAGGGAAUAGAUGGUUUACCAAUUGCAGAACCGACUAACUGGGGUGCUGUGAAUUUACAGCUGGUGGACAAGAGUGUCCGGUUCAUAAGCAGUCUGCCUGCGAUGAUCAACCCAGUCAGUUUAUCCCAAGGGUAUAUCUGUCGCCCGCAUCGCAGCGAUGGACAGCGAUUACGUGCCAUAUUUACCUGGGUUGCGGAAAAGAUUGCAUGGGAUGAUGACAUUGAUGGGGACGUUGACUUGAAAAGAGUAUUGCAUAUGAAAAGAGGUUGCCCAAAGGAAGUUGCUUAUCUGGUACAAGAAAUGUGUUCCGCCGUUGGAAUACAUGCCGAGGUAGUUCAUGGCUAUUUAAAAACACCCGGAGAACAACUGGAUCUUGAUCGCCUCUUCAAUCCAAAUCAUUGGUGGAAUGCUGUCCUGAUAGAUGGCGAAUGGCGGAUCAUGGAUUGCUCCCUGGCAAGUCCAACCAACCCUCGAAGAAGCUUGUAUUCGAGUUUCAAUUCGCAGGUUGCUGAAAGCUGGUAUUUCCUAACCCGUCCCAUGGAGAUUUGCUAUUCCCACAUUCCGAUUAACCCUGAGCAACAACAUAUCUGCCCACCCGUAUCACACGAUGUUCUUCUUGCGUUGCCCUGUGCUUGUCCCCCGUUCUUUAAAAAUAAUUUGCGGUUCCCAAACUUUGACACCAGCCUUACCCGUAUUCAUGGUCUUGAGGCUGUCCAACUUCGUGUGUUCGUACCCCAUGAUGUCGAAUGUGUUGCAGAGGUUGAAGCUCUUGCAUUUGACCGCGACUCUGAUGGUGACUUAUUUGAAAGUGGCGAAGUUGUCAAAAAGCGUGCACUUGCGCAGCCUGACUGGAUUGGAGGACAGAAGCGCUUCACCAUAAAAGCUGUCUUACCUGGAGAUGAGGGACAGGGCGUUUUAAAGGUAUAUGUUGGAAAGAAGGGACUGAUGCAUUCUAUCAAAGAUAUUCCCCACCCCCUGGCAUUUGCACUCCCAAUCACCCACACGGGAGAUAACCCAACCUACGACUUCAUCCUCCGCCAUCCCACUCCUCACGCUCAGCGCCAUGACCUCUACGUUAUUCAACCACAAUGCGCCAAACUCGCAAUAAACAACACCUUCGUCUUUGCAGUUCGUCAACAUCCGUCUUCCCUGCCAUCCAACGCCCCUGACCCCAGCGAGGGUAGUGGUCGCAUCUCCCCAAAUCCAUGCACCCGCCCCGCCAGCGCGCUCAGCAUGGUAUCUUCCGUUGCCGCAAGCUCAAACGCGUCAACAGGCUCAUCAUACAUAAAUCAAACCUUUUCCGCCUCUAGCUCUAACGUCUCGUCGAAUAGCAAACAGUCACAGCACCCCUCCAAGCCAGCGAAGCUAGCUAUACAAGCACCUUCAGGGCGGAUAUUGAGGUUGACACGCAAAUCUGAGAACGUUCUCAGUACCAGCAGUGGUGGAGGAGAUUUAACGGGUGAUGGCUCACCCGACGGCAGCGUGUGGGAGACAGUGAUUAAAGUUGGUGAGAGGGGCGUUUGGAGAGGCCUAGUACUUGCUGAUCGCAGUGCAAGAUGGUGUGUCUUUGGGGAGUGGGAGUGUUUCUAACCCUCCGCCUUUUUGCUUUAUUCUACCUUUCAUCUUCUCUUGUUUCUCCUACUUGACUUGGCCUGGAUGGCCUUUAAUGGAAGCCUGAGCGCUGUUCUCCUCAGCCCAGCGAAGUUUGUUGGAGUUUAAUUCCUCGUUCAGCCCUCUUAUCUCUCAUCUUCUGCUUCAUAUGUUAUGAUUUGGGCUAGUCCUCAGUAAUUUCUAUAUCCACUGAUUAGUCUUUCCUGACGUGGAUUUCUUUGUCUUCUUUUUUUCUGCUCAGGAUGUCACGUCAUUUUCUACCAAUGUCGAUGCCAACACUUACCCUAAUUCGUUUCAGAGAUUCUUUCUCGCAUUCCUGUUUCAUGUAAUCACAAAUAUUUUGCCUGUGGGGCUUAUUCCUUAAUUAAUUACUGGGUUCAUUUGGCGAUUUGGUUCCAGGAAUAGAACAGGAAAAAAUAAAACAUGACAAAAUAACGAGCACUUUUU